GAGUUCAAUGAAUUUCUUGGUUUAUAGUUUUCAUCAAAUUUUGAAAGUUUCUGGCCAUUAUUUCUGCAACAUUUUCCUCCUAUUCCCUCCGUUCUCCUUUCCUGCAGGGACUUCUGUAGGCAUGUAUUAGGUCACUUGAAGUUGUCCUACAGCUUAGUGAAGCUCUGCUAAAUUUUUAAAAAAUAUUUUCUUUUAUCUCUGUGUUUCAUUUUGGGUAGUUUAUAUUGUUAUAUGUUCAAGUUCACUAAUCUUCUCUUUCACAAUUUCUGAUUUGUUAUUAAUCCUUUCUAAUAUAUUUUUAGUUCAGACGUUUUAGUUUUCAUUUCUAGAAGUUUGAUUUUGGUCUUUAAAGAAUAUCUUUUACGUCUUUACAGAUCUGCUUUAAAAACACAGCUAUAAUGACUGCUUUAAUGUCCUUAUACAUUAAUUCUAAUAUCUAUGUCAGUUAUGGGUGGUUUAAAUUGAUUGAUUUUUCUCUGCAUUAUGGGUCAUAUUUGGCUGCUUCUUGGCAUGGCUGAUAAUUUUUCAUUGGAUUCCAGACAUUAUAAAUUUUACCUUGCUGGGGACUGGAUAUUUUUAAGUUCUACAAAUAUUCUUCAACUGUGUUCCGAGAGCCUGUUAAGUUAUUUGGAACCAGUCUGACCCUUUCAGAUCUCCCUUUUAAGAUUUGUGAGGUAGGAUUUAAGCAGUAUUCAGUAUAGGGCUAACUUAUUUCUGACUACUGAGGUAAGACCUUUCUGAAUACAUUACCUUAAUGCCCCAUGAAUUAUAAGUUUUGUCAGCCUGGCAGGUGGGAACAAAUUCUGUAUCUGGCUCCAUGUGACCGCUGGGUACUGCUCCUUCUAAUCUUUUCAAGUGGUUCUUCUUCCUGUCUGAGAACAUUUCCCCACAUACUGUGCUGGUCAGUAUCUUGGUGAAUACUUGAGGAGACCCCUUUGCAGCUCUGCAGCACAGAAUUCUGUCCUAUACUCCCUGAAUCUCAGCUCAACUUCCCCAUCUCAGGGAAUCUGCGGGCCUCACCCCUGGAGGCCUCUCUCUGCUCUGUGCCCUGGAUCUCUCUCAAGACAGUAAACUGGGGCAACUGCAGGGCUCACCUCAUUUUCUCCCCUUCUCUCAGGGAUCACUGUCCUUCAUUGCCUGAUGUCCAAUGCCUCGAAAACCAUGGUGUCAUAUAUUUUGUCCAGUUAUUUGGUUGUUUCAGAUGGGAUGGUGAAUUUAGCCCCUGAUUUCCCAUUUUGGUCAGAAGGGAAUAUUUAACUGAAUCUAUAUCAUAUUAUUUGAGCCCAGUUCCUUACCUAUAUAGUGUAUCAAUUAUGUUUCAUAUACAUUAUAUAAUAUUGCUCUUUUAAUGGGAGAUGGAUGAAUUACAUUAAAAUGUUUAAGAUAAAACAUUUCACUCUUUCGGAAAUACUUUUUCAGAGUCAGUUAAAGGGAAACUGUUACCACAGGUUUGCUUUAUCAAGAAUCAGGAAGUUCUAUGAGAUCAGCAUUAGAUUAUAAAAAAUGUUGUUCUGAGUAGGAGACUAUAUAUUUUAGUAUUCGAGUGGGGAACACACGGUCAGAGUUGUCUUGCUGGCUUAGCAUUGAGCUACAUUAUCUGAUGUAAUGUCAGCUAUUAAUGAUACAAAUACAAAUACUUUGCCAUUAAACACUCGCAUUGCUUUAGCAUUUUUAAUGAGCUUGCUAGCUCUUGUUAUAAUGCUAGGAAAUGCUGUGGUCAUUUUAGCUUUUGUGGUGGACAAAAACCUUAGACAUCGAAGUAAUUAUUUUCUCCUUAACUUGGCUAUUUCUGACUUCUUUGUUGGUAUCUUACAGAACUCAGCACACUGGGAUCUUGAAGAUUGUGGCUCUGAUGGUGGGCGUCUGGGUGUUGGCCUUCUUAGUACAUGGGCCAGUAAUUCUAGUUUCAGAGGCUUGGAAGCAGGGGAAGCAAGAUUGUGAACCUGGAUUCUUAAAGGAAUGGUAUGUCCUCGCCAUCACGUUAUUCUUCGAAUUCCUGGCCCCAGUCUUGUUAGUAGCUUAUUUCAACCUGUAUAUUUACUGGAGCCUAUGGAAGCGUGGUCAUCUCAGUAGGUGCCAAA